CUGCUUGUCCAGUCCAUCUGACAGUGACGUUUGGGUCGUUGGCCUGUUCAGCGGUUUUGCAAAACAGCGAGCCUAGCUGGUAUGUGUUGACGCGUUGUUUAAAAUGUCGAUCGAGGAGAAAUUCCGCGCGGCCGUCAACGUUAUUAGGAGUUUGCCGAAAGAUGGAGCAUUCCAGCCAUCUCAUGAUCUUAUGCUCAGGUUUUAUGCCUAUUUCAAACAGGCAUCGGAAGGCCCAUGCAAAGGAUCUAGACCUGCCUUCUGGGAGGUGGUGAAGAAAGUGAAGUAUGAUGCAUGGGCCAAGUUAGGAAAUAUGCCUGCUGAGGAGGCUAUGAAAAACUAUGUUGACGAGCUAAAACAGAUUGUAGAAACUAUGUCAUAUACGGACAAUGUUGCUAAAUUUAUGGGUAGCCUAGAUUCAGUAUAUGAAGCUGUACCAGCUGCUGACCUUGAAUUGCUUCUCGGGCCUACCAUUGAAAGAAUGAGGUCCAUGCCUGGGUCUCCAAUUGGCAAUUCGCCUCUUGGAUCAAGGGAAGCAUCUCCAACCCGAGCUCCUAUUUCCUCUAGUCUCGGAUCUACUCCAGCCAGCAGUCAGUCAGCAAGUCCUCAAAGACACGCUGGUUCUAGUGAUGAAGGCCUAGAUGAUGAUGACGAUGAUGAUGAUGAUGAUGAAGAGGAAUUUAUAGACACUGUUGAAAGCAGUGAGUUUGUCAGUGAGAAACCACUGUCUUCCCGUAAUAAUUACUCUCAAAUGAAUGGUGGUAUACAUCACAAAUUAAAUGGAGACGCCUCACAUUAUGGGCCCGAUUCAAAAGGUUUUGACAGGAGUCGAUUUAGAGGAAUAGGUAGCCAAGUCACACCUGAAAGGAAAAGCACCAUUCAAACCCAAUCAGGCACCAUUCAAGCCCAAAGCAGUGAUAUCUCUGAGCAGAUGAGAGAUGUUGUGCUCCAUUUACAGAAAGACUUAGAUCGCAUAACAGCUAGGGUGCGGUCCUUAGAAGUAGCAUCACUUUCUCGUGUUCCAGCAUCACUUGAAGCACACCAGGCUGGGUAUGAUCCAUUGGUUGAAAAUUGCGCUUCAUGUGAAGAUAUUCGUCGUCAUGCUGAAGUGCUGUCCAGGGCACGCACAUCUCGUCACCCGUCGUGGUGGCCAUUCAGGGAUCUCUCCCCACGAGCAGUCCUGUUUAUCACCGCCUGGCCUGUUGUGAUCCAUUUUUUCAUGCUCUGGUUGCAGCGAAGAAGAGCUGCCCUAAAUAUACAACGUUCUCUGUGAUUGAUCCAUUGCUCACAUAUUACUCUCGACACACACUUAUGUAUGAGAAAAGAUUUUAUAUGUCAUAAUUUUAAAUUAGGUUUUUGUUUAAAUUGUAAUGCUAUGAAGAUAGAUUUAUAUUGUAGUUCCCUUGUUAUCACUUUACAGUAUGGUGUAGUGUUUUUAUAUUGCAGGUGGCUUUUGCCUUAUUUUGAUAUAGUCAAUUUCACUCAUCAUCACAAGACUCUUCAUGAGCAACAUUGAGCAGCAUGAGCCUCUUGACUCUUGCUCUUUCAUUGUGCUUCACUUUCUUGUCUUUCUUUGAACUAAUUUUCUCUUACUUUAUUUUUAUUAUGAUAUGUCAUAUAUUUGCCUGUUAGUACCUUGUAAUUGUGAAUUUCUCUGCAUUGUUUUAAAUCUAGCUCACCUGAUUUUGUUUUCUUCGUCAUCCAGUUUCAACCACUGCUUUGUGUAUGUAUUCAUAAAAGUAAUUGCAUUUUGACUGAAUUAAUGUAGGUAGUUAGGGCUAACAAGCAAAAGAAAAAGAAAUGAUAAGUGUGGCUGUCAUACUUGGGCUGGAGGAUCUUGUUAUUUCUCCGCUGGUGCUCUCUUUGAACCUAAAGUCACUGCAUUGCUUUCUCAUUUCUAAUAUUUUAUACACCUGGAUUAUUUUCCACAUUUUAAACACUAUUUCUUAUUUUUCAUGUACCAAUGUAGUUAUUUUAUGUGAUCCACUACAUCAUCACGACCAAAAUGUAAAGUUUUAAUCAAGAACAAUGUUUUGAUUGGAGCUUGUUAUUUCAAACUAUGCUGUGCUGUAUAUAAUAGUCAAACGUGGCCACUUUAAAAAAGUUAAGUCAUUUGUACAGAUGUAAAUGUUUAUGGGAAGCCCACCGAAAGUGUUAACGUAAUUUUCUGAUGAUAUUAAGAAAAAUGUCUGUUAAUGUCUUGAUUGGUAUCCAAAUGUAAUUGCUACAGAUCGUUUUCGUCUCUCAAUUUGGCUUUUUUUUUCAGAACGCCAAGGUGUUUUGGUAAGAUAUUUUCAUAUGUGUGUUUUAGUGCCAAACAAAAAAUCAUCAAUGAUGUCUAAUUCGACCUAAGAUUCAAGAUGAAAUGGUUAGAAAGGGCCCAUCCUUUCACUUAGGUGAGGCACAGUCUUUUUUAAUGCCCAUAAUUAUUGUAAAGUUUUUCAUUGAUAUGUACAAAAGGUUUACUACCAGAAUCACAGGAUUAGCAUAAGCAAUCCUCUUGGUUGUGGUUUUGGUUGCUUUUAACUUAAUAGCAAUUAGGUGUGAUAUGGACUGUGGUAAGAAUUUAUGUAGAUGCAGAAGUGUUAUAUUUGGUUGAGGAUUUUCUUAAUUUGUUACAAAUUUGUAUUUUAUUCCUAAGCCUCACUCCUGAAAUGUUUUUAAUAAAAGUGUAUGGAAA